AAUUAUCCAAGAAUAUACUACUCUCUGAUAAACUAAUACGUAAUAUUUACAUUUUUCAUCCUCUUUGUAAAUUACACAAUAAUGGACAGGGUGCAUUCAAUUUAAAACAUUUGAAAAAUCGUAAAAACUGUGUUAAAAAUAUAAUUAAUACCUUUGAACUUUAUUUAAGGACUUACAUCAUAAAUUAUAAUGGAUGAAUAUUCAAGAGAACCAUGUCCAUGGCGAAUAUUGGAUGACUCUGGAGGUGCUUUUUUAAUGGGAGCUAUUGGAGGUGGCAUAUUUCAUUCAAUCAAGGGUUUUAGGAAUGCCCCAGUAGGGUUUAAUAGGAAAAUGCUUGGCAGUUUAGCAGCAAUAAAGGAAAGAUCACCUAUUGUAGGUGGCAGCUUUGCAGUAUGGGGUGGCAUGUUCUCAACAAUAGAUUGUUCUCUGGUCUACCUUAGACAGAAAGAAGAUCCUUGGAACUCUAUUAUGAGUGGGGCAAUUACAGGAGGCAUUUUGGCUGCAAGAAAUGGAGUGCCAGCAAUGGCUGGCAGUGCAUUGGUAGGUGGAGUUCUGCUGGCUUUAAUAGAAGGCAUUGGUAUUAUGUUCACAAGAAUAUCAUCAGAGCAGUUCAAACCUCAGCAACCAAUAUUUGAAGAUCCUUCUAUCCUUGGGCAGAGCCAAGCACAGAAUCCGACAUACCAAUAACAUAAUUCUUUUUGGACUAGACUAGGCAAUAUAAUUUCAAUACAGGUGGUGGUUUCAACAACAAAGAUAAUAAUUAUUAUUACCAUAUUAACAUAAUUGCAAGUAUAACAAUUUUGAUUUGAAUAAAAUACUUCUAGUACAAAUGGCAAUACAUUGUAAUUAGACAAAAAUAUUGACAUUCAAUUUAUUUGUGAUGAGACGAGACAGGCAUACAAUAAUUAUUCACAGCAAUUCUUAGUAAUAAAAUUCUAUCUACACACACUGUAAUCUUUAUAAACACUAAAAGGAAUAUAUGUGUAGAUAACAAAAUGGGACAAUGUAAUGAUAGAAUACCAGCUUUAUAUUUCUAAAUGAAUUAUACUUAAACCAAUUUUUUUGUUCAACAGAUCUGUUUGUUUUGGCUGAUAAAUGAUGUAACACAAGCAACUUUUUAAACAAUUACAUCUAUUGAAAGAAACUGGCUAAUCAUAUACCAAGAACUUUGACUUAUAAAUUAACAAAGGAGCAGACAAUUGAUAUUUAAUAUAAUAUAAAAGAAAGCUAUGAUUAUGCAAAUUAAUAAAUAUACGUUAGUUAAAAGAUAA